AUGAGUAUUGCUGCAUAUGCGUAUGAAGCUGACAGAGCUAAACGUUUAUAUUUUGGUCAAUACUCUCUCACACUUACUGACAAAUAUAUUGUUAUUUCUGAUGGAAAUACCGAGAAAUACAUAACAUGGAAGGACUAUGAAAAGUUUGACCCUAUUUUAACUCCAUGCACUAUGCCAUUCAUUGUAAAUGGUGAAGUUGUCAUGAAGAACGACACAACUGUUUAUAGGUCUGUAUAUGAAGCGUUAGAAUAUAUGUUGAAUUAUAAUCCCGAAAGAUUUGACCCAAGCACUACGUCAUGUACAAUGCCUUUUAUUAAGGAUGGUGAAAUCGUAAGAGUUCCGAAUUCAACGGUUUACACAGCUGUUCAAAACAGUUUACAAAACAUUUUAGCGAAUAUCUUUAAUUCAGAAACUACAGAAAUAAAAUUACCAUAUAUAACAGAUGCUAAAGAAAUUAAAUCAAAAACGACAACAUUAUUUACGUCACUUAAUGAUUUAA